AUGCGUGCCCAACAGCUCCUCGCUCUCGGUGGUCUUAUCCUCGCCGGCAACGUUGCAAUCGCAGCCAAGUUGGAGCAAGACGACGUUCCAAAUCGCUGCUGGGAUGCCUGUGGCUCUGUAGUCGGAGUCUCCAGACGCUGCGAUAACCAGCAUGACAACGACUCUGCCGAAUUGCAGUGUAUUUGCAACUGGGAAGCAGCCAAGACACAAAUUCCUCUCUGCGCUGCCUGUAUUACCCAGUAUGGCCCCCGUGACAAUGACCGUGAUGACGAUGACGACGACGACGACGAUGACAAUGAAGCCCUUGACCUCGUCCACUCCUGCAAGUUCAGCACCACUACCUACAACGCUGCUGCUGCCACCACUCUUAGUGCCUCGGCUACUGGCACUACUGAUCCCGCAGCAACCGCUGCUACUGCUACUGCAACUAGUGGAACAGCUGCUGGCUCUGGCUCUACUAGUACCUCGUCUCAAGGCUCGACUGGGACUACCAGCGGCGCAGCCGCGAGCACUUCCACUGGUGCUGCGGUGGGCUUGACAGCUCCAGGAGUUGUCUCUCUAGUUGCAGUUUCUGGUCUCAUGCCUCUCGCUUGGCUGUAG